AUGGAUGAACUAGUUAAAAGACAUGGUAGUACACAUUUUGCUAAUAUCAACUAUGGUUAUUAUAUUUUGUUCUUAUCGAUAAUAUAUAUUAUUCUAUUAUUCUGUUUAAGAAACUAUGCCAAGAUCACUACAAGGUCAACAAGAUUCUUUAAAAAAUUAUAUUCAUUAAACCCAUUUAUUCAUUUAUCAAUAUUAUUAAUUGCAAUAUUUAUACCCUUCUAUCAACCACAUCUAAACAAAUUGACUGUUUAUUAUAAAAGAUUAGGAAGAUUGAGUUAUACUUUGAUACCAUUGAAUUUAUUCCUAACUUUAAAACCAAAUUGGUUCUUGCCUUCCCAAUGCACUUAUACUGAUUUCAUACCAAUUCAUAAAUGGUUAUCAAGAUUCAUUACUUUUAUUGCUAUCCUUCAUAGUAUAUUGUUUUUGUCUCAUUGGAGUUCUUCAAGUGAUGAAAACGUUUCAAUUGCAAUUAAAUUACAAAAUCCUAAAAAUGUAUUAGGUUUAAUUAUGCUAAUACCAUCAUUACUAUUGAUAUGUUUAUCAAUUGGUCCCUUUAGAAGAUUUAGUUACACGUCUUUCUACAUCAUUCACAAUAUAUCAAAUGUAAUGCUAAUAUUUUUAACUCCAAUUCAUGCUAGGCCUGGUGUUGCAAUUCCAUAUCUAAUCAUAAAUUCGAUAUUGCUAUUGGCGAUUGCAUUUAAUAAAAUCUUCUUUAUUAAAAAAUCUGAAUUAUUAGCAAAGGAAACUUUACCAAAUUAUGACAAUAAUUCUUCAUUGGUAACAAUUAGAUUGCCACGUUCUGCAUUGCCAGAAACUUUCACUCCAGCUUGUCACAUCAGAAUCAGUCCAUAUCAAUUCUUUAACCCUUUAUAUUGGCUACUACCUUCUCAUCCAUACACUGUGGUUUCAUUACCUUCUGAUGACUCUGUCGAUUUAGUUUUGACUGAAAAUAUUAAAAAGUUUGCAUUCAGACUACAUAUGGAAAGAUCUUAUACAAUUAUCAAUCAAUUCAACCCUUCAGUUCCAAUUGCAUGUUUAAACUCAAGUAAAAGGGUCUGUAUCGUUUGCGGUGGUACUGGGAUCUCUUUUGGCUUACCUCUUUAUAGAUACUUCUCUGAAAUUAUCGAAAGGAAUCAAAGAAGCAUUGAGUACCUACGUUUAAUCUGGAUGGUUAAAGAUAAAUCACAAAUUAAAAUACUAGAAAAAUUAAAUUCUUUAAAAUAUGAUUUAGAAGAUAAAAAUUUCACAUCUAAUUUCCAUGUGUUUAUUACCCAAUAUUCAAGUAAAAGCUCAGGCAUUGAAGACUCAUCUGGGUCUGGCUACGAAUUAGAAGAUCUAACUCCUGAAGACCCAUCUUCAAUAGGGCCAUAUAUCUUUGGUUCCGUUAAUUUUGGAAGAAGAAUUGAAUGGACAACAGAUUUAUCAACUUUUGUAGAACAUGAUAAUGAUAUUGAUAAUACCUGGAUGUUAGCCUGUGGUCCAAGUACUUUGGUAGAAUCUGCAAAUAAAUAUGCAGAUAAGUCAGGCGUUAGGUUUGCAUCGGAAAUUUAUACAUUAUAG